AUGGUUUCAAAUCGUUCUUUGGUUCUCAACAAGGUUGACGAUCUUUCUUUCGAAGAUUUAAAAGCUCCUGAAAUUAGUGAUCCUCAUGAAGUUUUGGUUGAAGUCAAGAAAACAGGAAUUUGUGGAUCCGAUAUUCAUUACUAUGCUCAUGGAAGGAUCGGACAAUUCGUCUUGAAGAAGCCUCUUGUUAUGGGUCAUGAGUCUUCAGGUAUCGUUAGCAAAGUAGGUGAUAAGGUUGAAAGUGUGAAAGUAGGCGAUAAGGUUGCAAUCGAGCCAGGUCUUCCAUCUAGACUCAGUGAUGAAUAUAAAUCGGGUCAUUAUAACUUAUGUCCUCAUAUGGUGUUUGCUGCAACCCCUAGUAGUGAUGGCAAUAAUCCUCCAGGUACUUUAUGUAAAUACUACAAGAGUCCAGAAGACUUCUUAGUUAAGUUACCAGAUCAUGUCAGUCUUGAAUUGGGUGCUCUUGUUGAGCCAUUAAGUGUCGGAGUGCACGCAGUUAAGUUGGCAUCUAUCACUUUCGGAGAAAAUGUUGCUGUAUUUGGAUCGGGGCCCGUUGGUCUUCUUGCAGCAGCAUCAGCACUCAAGUUUGGAGCUAGCUCAGUCGUUUUGAUUGAUAUUGUUGAUUCAAAGUUAGAGAUCGGGAAAGAAAUCGGAGUUGCCUCUCAUACCUUUAACUCAAAGACUGGUGGAAGCUUUGAAGAAUAUAUUAAGAGGGAGAAAUUGGGUGCCAUUGACGUCGUUUUGGAGUGUUCCGGUGCCGAACCAUGUAUUCAAAUGGGAGUGAACUCGUUAAGACCUGGUGGCCGUUAUGUUCAAGUAGGAAAUGCCGGCGGUUUAGUCAAAUUCCCAAUCACGGAAUUUUCUACAAGAGAGCUUACUUUGUUUGGUGCCUUUAGAUAUGGUUUCAACGACUUUAAGACCUCUGUAAAGAUCUUAGAUGAUAACUAUAAGAACGGUAAAGAGCAUGCCGCUAUCGAUUUCGAGAGAAUCAUUACACACAGAUUUAAGUUUGCCGACGCUAUUAAGGCAUAUGAUGUUGUUAGAGGGGGUAAUGGAUGUAUCAAGUGCAUCAUUGACGGUCCUGAAUAG